AUGUCCUUUAGAGAUGGAGGUCUGUCAAUGUUAGAGUCCUCUUCGGAGCCUGAAGCAGGACCAUCCUCAUCAUCAUCCCCAGAAGGUGCAGAACCACUCUAUCCACUGGAGGUCUCCUCAGGGAAGUCUGAGAGCCUCAUCCUCUUGGCAGAGGGUUCAUCAUCAUCAUCAUCAUUAGACUUAGGAUCUGAUGCUGAAGAGGCAUCCUCCUCCUCUUCUUCCUCUUCUUCUUUCUCUCUUUCCUCCGAUAUUUUUGGAGGAGGAAAGAAAGGCUGGUCAGCCUCUUAUGGCUUGACCUCUUGGGGUCUAGUGAUAUUAGACUCUGUUGACGGUUGGGGAGCGUCCAUUUUUGGAGAAGAAAGUUUUUUUUUGAAGGUAUUGGGAGAUGAAAGGUUUGGAGGUUCUUCCGCUGUUAAUGACAUUGACCUGAAGACUCCCACUGAUCCUUCUUCUGAGAAGUCAUCACUUGUUAGCUCUGAUAGCCCUUCUCAGCUUGGGUGGUAG